UUCGCCUUGUCUUGUCUUCGCAGGAUACGUCAGUUUGGCCAUGGUAUAGUAGCGCCGGCGCACUGUAGUAUGCAUCAACAUUUGCUGAAAAUGCGAAUAUCCUGUGUAUGGUUUCUGAGGUACAAAUAAGCAAGCUGUUAAAAUGUACGUGCAACACCCAAACGUAGUGUAAACAGUGGUCUGCCAUCUGUACUGGAGGAAACCAUCUCCAGGGUUUUUUGUGAGUAAAUGGCACACGGCAAUAAAGGUCUGGCAAGUGUUUACAAUCAACGUAGUGGACAGCUGAACGUAAGCGACUCGAGUAUUGCCGGUACGGAACCGAAACGUUACCGACUGUUUGCUGCCCAUCGCGAACGAACGCCCCAAACGGACGGAGCUCAAUGCGGAAUGACUUAAAGCGGGGAGAAAGGUUCACCCUACAACAAUGGUGCAAUUUAUGGAGAGUGGCGUCGACAACCAGCUGGAAAUGAACGACAUGAAUAUUGCUGAUCGUCUGCAAGCGCAUAUGGAACUUACAACAUUUUUUGGCUUAGCAUUGGGAUUUGUCGCACUCGUCUUGGUUUUGUUCCUGUACGUCAAUAAGAUACGAUGCUUCGGAACGGCACCACCGUUCCUUCCGUUUGAUGAGCAUCUGAUAUCGGAGAAAACAUUCCACCGCAUUCGGAAUCGCUUCGCAUAUGACGGCAACAAUAGUUCCGAUUCGGAGGACGAUACGUUGCGUCGGCUAAAGCUAGAACCUUGCGGUGAGAGCUACAGUAAUAGCAUCUCCUGUUACCAUGCCAACGAAAGUACCCUCGACCACACGCCAAACUUUAACAGCUUUAACAAAAUUCUGUCCGGCUGCAAGCAUGUGCACUCGUCGCGCGAUCCGUUGGCGAUGGCUGAAGGUGGCAAAAUCGGGAUGCCCCAUUCCAGCAACGAUUGCAGCUCGGGCAGCUCCAACGAGGUGAACUUAGAUUACAGCACGCGCCUAUCGUUGGAUGCGCACGUUAGCAACGAUCGGUUAGCGAACAAUGGUGGCAACGCCUCAUUGGACGGCUGCCUGACGGGUUCGAUGGAUUUGAAGCAUAAGGGCGAAUCGUUGCUACCGGAGCUGACGAAGGAAAGUGAUGAGCGUGAUCCAGCAUCCAGGAAGAAACCGACCAAGGUGGUUACGAACAAUCGUACCGAGGUUGGCAGUGUCGGGAUCUGUUUCGAUCCGGAUGUACCGGUCACCAAUUUGAAAUGUAAACCGUUUGCGGAGGAAAGCGUACCGACCGCUAACUCCGUGGUCGGUUUUGAGCAGACAGCAUUAACGCAGCAGGAUAGCCUGGACGAUGUGCUCAGUCUCAAUAAUGAUUGUAUUUUAGUGUUUUCGCAUGAGCCACUCUACGAUACGAGUGACCUCAAGUCACUCAAAUCAGACGGCGAUGCCGCUGUCACUGCGGCUAGCUUUGAAGGGCCCACCACGACAACCGGUUCCAAUGGGACGCUGGAAAUAUCGCUACUGUAUGACGCACCGAUGCGCAAAAUGACCGUACACGUGCUGCAAGCCCGUGGCAUCUCCUCCAGAGGCGAUAAGGGUCAGCUGACGCACACUCAAGUCCGGCUGCUAAUGUUGCCGGCGAAGCGCCAAAAGCACAAAACUAAAAUCCGCUCCGGCGAGAACCCACAGUUUAUGGAAAGCUUCUUGCUGCAUCGUGUCAAUCCGGAGGAAGUAAAUUCGAUGGGUUUACGCAUCCGGGUGUACGGGUGCGAAAGGAUGCGCCGCGAACGGUUGAUCGGCGAAACGAUCGUCAGCUUUGCAAACAUCGAUCUGGAGCUGGAGACGAACUUGUGGCUACCACUGGAAUCACGCACAUCAAGUUCGCAGGAUACAGCUUCCACCAGCGAUUUGCUGAGCAUUGCUCGGUCGGAUAGUGCAGGAUCGACCACUUCCAUGCAGCAUGGUGGAGUGCCGGAGCUCUUACUUGGCUUAGGGUACAAUGGCAUUACUGGACGUCUUACAGUUGAGAUUGUUAAAGGAAGCCAUUUUAGAAACCAUUCUCUCCCCAAAGUCCCUGACACGUACGUCAAACUCUGCCUCGUAAGCAGCAUGGGUCAGGAAAUUGCACGAUCCAAAUCCUCCACAAGGCGCGGUCAAUCGAAUCCACUGUUCAAGGAAACGUUUAUAUUUCAGGUGGCGAUGUUUCAACUGAACGACGUGACACUGAUCGUGUCGGUGUACGCCAAGCGCAACAUGAAGCGCAACGAGAUGGUUGGUUGGUUUAGCAUGGGGCUCAACUCGAGCGGACCGGAGGAAAUGAUACACUGGAACGAGAUGCGCGAAUCGAGCUCGCGGUCCGAGCUGAUUACCCGCUGGCACGUUCUGGUCGAUUCCUGAUUUUAAUCCACUCCCUUACGAGCGUCACCGCCGCGUACAAACUUCGCCUAAAUCGCAACGGUGACCGCCGGCCGGAGGGAACACGAAUUGGUUUUUGAAUUUGCAAUACGCUCUAUGAAACGAAGCGUAAAAGAAAAAACAAACAAACAAACAAACAAAUUGGAAACAAAUAUUGGAAAAGGCCUCUAGCAAGCCUAUUUUAUCUCAUUCUUUAAUAUUCAAUCCAAUUAUUGAUGUGAUGAACCUUGUCAAACGAUCGGUAUUUUUACUUUCUCCGUCGGAAAACAAAGUUUGCAUGGUAUUUAUUAAAAUGGUAAUAAGCUAAA